UAGCGACGGAGAUGACGGGGACGGUCAGUCUGUUGGUCGUGGGCGUGCAUGCAGCAUGCCGCGGCGCCUCGAAGUGUAAAACCCGUCGUGGUGCGAGCCUCGCGGUUUGUAGCACGAUGUCGACAUCCUUCAACCUGAGGGUCCUGAUCGGCGUCCUGGGGAUCCUGAUGCUACUACUCCUCGUCGAAUCGCCGACGAUCCUCGCGAGCGUUCCCGACCCCAUCGAGACCGACGUCGUGGUCGACGUCAGCGAGCCGACGACGACCGCGAAAAAAACUCUCCCCGACAGGUGUCUGGUGAAAACGGAACCCGGACCCUGCAAGCAUUACGUUCACAAAUGGACGUUCAACAAAUCCCAGGGGAAAUGCAGGACCUUCGUCUACGGCGGUUGCCUCGGCAACGAGAACCGAUUCAACUCGGAAAUCGAGUGUCUCCACUACUGCGUAGGGGGAUCGGAACACACCCUACCGCCCUACAUGGUGACGAAGGGCAGCGUUUUCGUAACGACCAGUACGACGACCACCACCGUCCCGCCUCCGACGACGGAAAAAACACCGCCGCCGACUUUCGCACCACCGAAACCUACGAAGCCUCCGGUCCCGAAGCACAAAAGAGGAAAGGAGCUGACUUUCAUGGAAUCCGGUCAUGAGAAAACUUUCAUGUUCGCGCAGAGCAAUACCUUCAUACAACUGGACGGAAACGGCAUCAAGACUUUCCAGCUUAGACUCUGUCGGGAAAUAUCCUUUAAAUUUCGCACGAAACUACCCCACGGACUGCUGGUCUAUCACAGCGUGAAGGACCGUCCGGAGGAUCUUGAGCCUUACGCGCUUUACGUGAUAGUUGAAAAGGGUCAGCUGAAGGUCGUCCACGUGUUCGGUAAGAAGUCGACGAGUCUGACCGUGGGCGAAGGAUUGAACAGGGACGAAUGGCACAGCGUUCUGGUGAGGAUAGACGUGCACGGGGCUAAAUUGAUCGCAAGGGUAGACGACACGAGGGAGGAAACCAGCCUCGAGGUACUCGAAGCGGAAGUCAACUACGGUGUAUCCGAAGAACUCGCAUCCGUCGUCCUUAUAGGAGGAUUGAGCUCGGAGGAGAAAUUGCACGGGGUAAAGUACAUCAUAGAGUCGUUCGUCGGGUGCAUAAGAGACAUGGUCCUGAGCUCGGGAAAAUCCGCCAGCAAUUUGCUACCCAUAAGACCGCUGAUCGCGACCAAACACGAGAACGUCAAGGAAGGAUGCGUGGACAAAUGCAAGACGAGGGAGAAUCUCUGCUUCAUCGGAAGCCAGUGCGUCAAUCAUUACAACAGUCUGACGUGCGACUGUUUCGGAACGAAAUACGAAGGCGAGAGAUGCGACGUGUACACCGCGACAAUCCUGACCCUGAGAGGCUCGUCGUACGUCUCGUUCCGAGUCUACGACUGGAAGGACCGGGUGCACUCCUCGGUGAACAGGAUAAGCAUGGCGUUCAAGACGAGGUGGGACGAUUCCGCGCUUUUUUACGCGUCCGGUGAAAUCGAAGGAACCACCCACUACGUGGCGGCUUCGAUUCUGAACGGAUCCGUUCACGUCGAAUUGGAUUUCGGACACGAUUCCAAGAUACAAGCCGUACUCGGGGACUACGUCACAUCCAAUCACUGGAACAAUCUCACGAUAUUUCACAACGGGACUCUCGUAUACGUGAGUCUAAACGACGAGAUCAAGGUCCUCGAGGUGACCGGCGAAAAUUUCAACAUGUUCAUCGAUCCCGAAAUUUACAUCGGCGGCGGUCCGGAACUCCACAAGAAAAAUGGGCUCAUUUCGCACAACAAUUUCGCGGGAUCUUUGAAGUACGUUUUCUUCAACGACAAAUCCAUAAUCUACGAAUUGAAACGUUCGAAUCCGAUGGUACAUUACAUAGGGGUUCUGGAGCCGGAGUAUUACGACGCCGACGUCGAGGUCAUUCCUAUAACGUACCCGUUCGCGGGAAGUCAUAUCUGGUGGCCGAACGAAAAUCCGGAUUCUCUGAAACUUAAUUUUGACUUCAAAAGUUCGGAACCACUAGCCGUACUCGCUUCGAGUGACAUAAACAACGACAACGCCCUCGGUUACUGGGAGGUCCGUUUGGUGAACGACGAGAUUCGCUUCGAACUUGUACCGGAUCUGACGAAGAACGUGACGCUCUUGACCACCGUAAAGUUUCCACCCCACAACACGUCGUGGCACGCGGUCGAACUGAACUACACGAGGGGUGAAUUGAAUCUCCAGGUCGAUUACAGGAACAAACAGAGCAAACUAUUCGUCAUGAGAUUCGAACUGGGGGAGAGGGUAAUCAUCGGCAGCGGAAAGAGCAACAGAGGUCUCGUGGGUUGCAUGAGGGAGAUAAGAGUGAACGAUCAGCGGAUAGAACCGCGUUACGUGAUAAACACCGAGAGAGUUGUGGGCGAGGUGGCGUUGGACAAUUGCCAAUUCGUGGACCCCUGCAAGAGGCCGAACACCUGCGAACACGGCGGUAAAUGUUCGGUGAAAGAGGACAGGAUAACUUGCGACUGCAAGGACACCGGUUACAUAGGAACGAAUUGUCACUUCACCCGUUACAGAAAAACGUGCGAGGAACUCGCCCUACUGGGUUACACGCAGGACGACGUCUACCGGAUCGACAUCGACGGCAACGGCAGAUUUCCACCGGCUCUUGUCAAGUGCGAGUUUCAGUCCAUCGAAGACUCGACGAAGACGAUCGUCGAGCACAAUUUGCCAUCGCAGAUCGACGUCAGGUCGAUAGCCGAGGCUGAUUUCUUGUUCAACAUCAAGUACAGACAAUUCACCGCCGAGAUGCUGCAGGAAUUGAUAUCCCAUUCGCUCUACUGCAGCCAGUACGUUAAAUACGAUUGCUACAAAGCGCCGAUAGAACUGCACAGCGCUACCUGGUUCAUGGGGUCAAAGGGGACUACCGUUGAUUACAUAGGGAACGUCAACCGGGGCUCCUGUCCCUGCGGAAUGAACAGAACUUGCGUGAACCCGAAGUUGAGCUGCAAUUGCGACGUGUCCGCGGGCAAGUGGUUGUCCGACGAAGGAUAUUACGAGAGUCCGAAUUCCCUGGGGAUCACCGAAAUGGUUUUCCUCCAGCAACGCGAUCUGGAAGACGACGCUCAAGGGAGAAUCACCCUCGGUCCUCUGGAGUGUGUCGAAACAAACACACAGAAGUACGUGGUGACGUUCACCACGUCCCAAUCGUACAUCGAAGUACCGGGCUGGAGGAAAGGAGACAUAGCGUUCAGUUUUCGAACGACCGGAGAGAAGGCCAUUCUGCUGUAUCAGCCGCCCAUCAGGAGCAACUAUCCGUCGUUCAUGGUCGCUCUGACCUCGGAUUACCUGCUCACCUUCAACUUCACCUUGAACACCGGAACUAUACGGGAACUGGAGAUCAAAAGCAGGAGGAAAUUGAACAACGGCGAGUGGCAGAAGAUCUGGAUCGAUUACAACGAUUAUCACGUCAGAUUCAUGAUCAAUACCGAUCAGCAAAUGGUCGAUUUAUUGCCGGAGGAGGAAUUCGGACCGUUCGAAGGGUCCAUGUUCAUCGGCGGCGCUACCGCGGAACAUUUGAAAACUUCCUCGGUACGUCAGGGUCUGAUAGGCUGCUUCAGAGGGUUGGUGGUGAACGGCGAAAUUUUGGAUAUUCACAGUUACAUGUCCGUUCACCUGUCGGAAAUUAUAAAAGAUUGCAAGCCCUCUUGUCAGCCGAACAAAUGCCAGAACGGCGCCAGAUGCGUCGAACUUUGGAGCAAUUUCGAAUGCGUCUGCGAAAACAGAUGGGCGCAUUUGGGAACUUACUGCGAAACCAAUAUCAACAACAAAGCGUUGACGUUUACCGCGCCCGAAGCUCUGCUUAAAAAAAAUUAUUUCGGCAACGACGAAGACGAGGAAAAACUAUUGCUGAAAAGUAUGCUGGUGGAGAACGUUUUGAUAAAUUUACGAACUUACGACACGGAUUCCUUGCUACUUUACGCUAACGAUCAUUUGAACAAUUUUUUACACCUUUACAUAUCCAACGGAAGCAGCAUAGUUUAUCUGUUCAAUUCCGGUAACGAGCUGAAAAAUAUAACGGUCGAUUAUCCAGACGUCAGUAGUGGAAAUUCCGUACAAAUAGCGAUCGUUAGAACGGAAAUAAAUACGACGCUUCACGUGAACGACGUUAACGUCACUUUGGACGCAGUUCCGAUAUUGCUAGACACGUAUUCCAACAAGCCUUGGAUCAAUCCGGAAAAAGAAGUCCUUGCGCCCCAAAGACCACCCGCGCCACCCACGAGUUAUUUUCAGGUUAAUCUGGGCGGAUUCGAUCCCGACAAUUUAUUGAGAGUUGGUAAAAAGGGCGAAGCUAUACAGGGCUACGUGGGUUGUUUGAAGGGCCUUAUGAUCGGGGAAUAUUUGGUAGAUUUGCCGAAUCUGGCUAGCGAAGCGUACCAAGAAGGAAGCAAAGGAUUAUUGCCGAAUUGUCAGAUGAAGUGCGACGCGGUGCCUUGUAAAAAUUUGGGCAUUUGCACGGAGGAUUUCAGGAGGCAAGAAUCCUCGUGCAAUUGCGAAAUGACCUCGUACUUCGGUGAAAAUUGCGCCGAGGAAAAGGGUGCGGAGUUCAGCGGGGAGAGCGUUUUGCAGAGAGAAUUCGAGCUGAACGACGAUGUGAAUCAGAUAAAAAUUCAAUUGGCAUUCUCGAGCAACGAUCUGCGUCAGAGAACUACGGCGUUACUUCUACUGCAAACCGGGAACAAAAGAAGUUACUAUCUCCUGGUAGCCCUGACGUCCGAGGGUCAGUUGAUAUUCGAAGAGGACAGAGAGGGCUCCGCUUACGGUGUCCGAAUAAACGACAGAAAUUUUUUGAACAGCGCUAGGCACAGCGUUUACUACGUUCGCGAUAACAAUACGGCGACUUUACUGAUCGACAGGGAGCCUGUCGCCCUCUUACCGAUACCCGUGCUCAGUCUGGCCGACGAUUUGGACUCAACCGACAAUCCCGGCGAAAACGAGAUACAAUUGGGCGGCCUGAACACGACGGAUCCAAGAUUCACGGCGUACAAAGGAUACACCGGUUGCCUCAGCAACGUGGUGAUAUCGAUAAACGGGGGCGCGAGAAUGAAACCUCUGGAGGAGUACAUGCUGUUCACGAAAAAGGGUAGCGAAACCGUGAGAGCGACCACACCGGCCGGUGUUCGCAGCGCGCAGUGUGCACCGUUUCACGCCCAAGCCAGAGGACUGGAACCACCGAGGAAUGACAGCGUGGGUAGGGACAAAGUUUGGGUGGCUGAUCCGCCCGAGCGAAAAGUUUACAUGUCUCAAUACACGGAUUCCACGCAAGAGGAGCAAGGAGCCGGGACUUACAUAUUCAUAGCGCUCUGCGUGAUCCUUGUGGCGGCUGUGAUGGGCUGUAUUUACGAGGUGUGGAGAAGCGCCCGUAAAGACAGACAGAGGAGAUCCAGAGAUAGGGAGGAGAUAGCGACGAAUCCGCAGAGGUGGCAAGGCGCGCCUUACGCGGAUUCGGUUAUCGCUUCCGCGCCGAGCGUGAAAAGCGUCGGUUUCAAAACCGACGAGGACGAUAAAAAGUCCAACGGAACGCUAGCUAAAUCUGCAACAAAAGAUUACAAAACUGUACCGACUGCGGAGACGAAAAUUGAUCUAUUAAUCGAUAAAAAAACGCAUAUAAAAGCGGAUGAGGAACCAGAGAAAAAAGAGCUGCUCGGGGUAAAUACCGCCGUGGUCUUUAAAUCUCCGAAACUGAAUCCAUUCUCGAUGGAGGAUCUCAGGGAAGAACCAGAAUUGGAGGAACGCGAAGAGGAAAUUGACGAGGAUAACGAAGACGGUAGCAGUACAAGUGACAGCAGUUGUAAUCGAGAUGAAGAUAUUUUAGUGCGACCAACGUCGGUAAGAGAAUCAUCAGUGGCAAAUUCAUUUAGAGAAGAAUCGAAGGAUGAAUGUUUUGAGAAGAAUAUUUGCCCGGAAAUGAAACUUUUGGAAACUAAUUUUUCUGUUACCGGUAGUAUUAACAAAAUAGAGACUGAUUUUAUUCAAAGAGGAAACGAAAGGUUUGCUAUCGACAAUCAGAUAACAAAUAAUAAUAAAAACGUUGUGCGACCAGUUAGCUUAAACUUACAGUGCUUAUAACCAGAGCGGUGUAAUUAAAUCUAUAAUCAUUGAAAUCAUUCAUCUUCAUCACACGUCAUUGAUGAGAAAAAUAUACGUACGUACAUAUUAUACUAUAAUAUCACCCAAACUAUUCGGAAACUUGGAAAACUGAAACGGUACCGACGAUCGUUUAAAUGCAAAUCCAGUGCCUUUGACAUGCUAAUGAUAAGCUGUGUUUCAGAUGAUAGUCUUGCUUAAGAAGUUUACGAGUGAUAAUUAAUGUGAAAUAAUAAUAAAACUAAUACGUAACUCCA